UAACACACUGUGCAAUUACUGAUAAACAAAGAAAAGAAAUAGCCUCCUGCUUUGUCAGACACAGAUGAAAAAUGUUAGUGUUUCCUCACUUUCUAAUUUUAGUUUCUUAAAAUCUUCAGUGUUGUUGGCAUUAUUGCCCAGGUUUUUUGUUUCAUGAUGCGCCUCUAACGUAGUUGGCACCACUGCUGUAUUUGCUAACAGACCAGACACACUGGUGUGUGGCUGCAUAGUAUUCCCAGCCCAUGUGAAUCCAGAACAUCUGUCACUGUAUUUUCUGGUUUGGGCCUGUUAGGGUUAUGCUGGGGGCUGAGUUGUUACUGAGUUGGGGGUUUUUCCAGUCCAUUUUUGAGCAUGUUUCACUGUGCUAACAGCUUUGUCAUGAAUAUGAAUCAAGGGAAACCUGUUUGCACUACACCAGUGUAACUGUACUCUUUCGCUCUACACACUGGUAUUCUGUUUUCCAUUAUGCAGACCAUCAAGCAGUUGUUCAUCCUAGUUACUCAGGAUUAUGCAACAAUUUAUAAUUUUUUUAGGAAAUCGUGUUUCUCAGCAUUGCACUAUGGAUACAAGUACUACAUGUAUUUCAUGCCUCGCAUCUACUUACAUAGAUAAGCCCAGUGGUCUCUCCAAAUGUCUUACAUGUACCAUAUGCGAUGCAGGACAAGGACUACGAACAAAGGCAGCCUGCACACAGUUUUCAGAUACCCUCUGUGAACCACUGGAGGGGCACUACUGCAUUGGCAAAAACAAAUGGAGCUACACUAAAGCUUUAGGACACUCAAAAUGCAAUGCAGGACAAUUUAUAAAGCAAAGAGGCACUCCAUCUUCAGAUACUGUCUAUGAUGAUUGUAAAGGGGAAACGUAUUCAAAUGGAUCCUUGUGUUUGCCAUACACAUCAUGUGAAGCUCUGGGACUAGAAGAAAUAAAGGCACGCACACCCUCAUCUGACUCUCAAUGUGGAAAGUCUCCAGCUGGUCACUUAGCUGCAAUUGUAGCUGAUACUGUAGUUGGUAUCUCAGUUGUGACUAUUCUCAUUAUAUUCGUAGCUGUAUAUAUAUAUAAACUACAGCAAAGACCACGCUCUAAUAUGGCACCUUGUCCCACCAAUGUUCUACCUAAACAAAAUUGUAGAGGAAGAAGAGAGACAAACACAGGUAUUACAAACACAUUUUUCACACUAAAGUAAGGGUGUCGCCCUGAGAAGGGGACUGAGUAUGGGAUAUCAUAUCGAUAACAUUUUUAAAAAUUUGUUUGGUUCUCUGUAGAAAAUGACCUACAUUUAAAUCUAACUCACACCAUCUCCUGGCAAACCCCCAUCUACUGCCAGGGGAGAGAAGCCCUACAGGAAUAGUACUUUCUUAUGUGUCCUUAUCCCUGUUUCUUGUUUCCUCUAGUCAGUUUGUCUAUUCAAAUCUGCCUCUCAUUUCUCCCAGAGCAUUUUUCCUAUGAAUAAGAUCUUAUGUUUGGACCCCAGACUCUAUUUGCGACUUAUCUUUCGAACGCUUUUUGUUGUUUGCUUUGACAUCAUACCUUUCUGGAUUUUGUCUCUUGCCUGCUGUUUUGGAUAUUGUUCUCUGGAUUGUGUUUUUAUCCUGU